CAAACCCUGAACAGAAAUAGAAUCUGAAAGCUCCUAGAAGCACAAACCUAUCCUCCCUGCUAAAAUGGAUAAACCACCUUGUUCACCGAGUGAUACCUGCUCAGGAGAGCCCCGUGUGGGCUGUAAUGACAGUGCUCCAUGUCUUGUGGACACCAAAGUUGAGGGGAAAACUGGGAAGAAUAAAAAGCAUAAAAAGAGACGCAGAGCUGCAUGCCAAACGAAAACAGGUGGUGAUUGUACUCCGGUCACUGUUGAAGAGCUGUCGCCACCCUCACAACACCCGCCUGAGCGCAAUGAAAAAAGGUCUGCAGGAUCAAAGCAAGAAAAGAAUACUCGCAAAACAAGAAAUCCUUCUAUUUCACCUGAAACUUCUCCUGCACCCUCCUCUCAUCGACAAAAGGCCCAAAGUGCACAGAAAACAUCAGCUCGGUCUACCUGUGACCAGUCGACUCAGACGGAGUCACCCCAACUCCAAUCUGUCCAAACGCAGUCAACACAAACCCCUCCGAUCCAGGGUGAACACACACCAUCAACAGAAUCCAAGUCCACCCAGACAAAACAGUCUAGUUUUCCAUUAAAACAGGCAUACUGGGGAAAUUCAUUCACAGAUCAGUCAGCUGAUCAGCAGAAACCCCAACUCAGCUCCAGAAACAGCUAUCUGACAGUCAUGGCCUGGAAUAUAGACGGUCUGGAUUCGGAUAAUGUCUUUGACCGGGUCAAAGGUCUGCUGUCACUCUUAGGAAAGUACCGUGCAGAUGUUGUACUGUUACAAGAGCUGAUUCCUCCUACUUUGAAAGUUUUACAGAACAUUAUGACAGAUUAUCAGUUCCUGCAAGCCAGUGAAGAGGGCUAUUUCACUGGUAUUUUGCUCAGAAAGGAAAGAGUACAAUUCCUCCAGAGCAGCAUUGUGAAGUACCCAACCACAGAGAUGGGCAGGAACCUGCUAGUUGCAAAUGUGAGCUUUUUAGGCCAUCCACUGUGCAUUAUGACAUCUCAUCUGGAGAGCUGCAAGACAGGUUCUCAAGAACGCCUGAAUCAGCUGCGGAGAGUCUGGAAAUGGAUGAAAGAGGCUCCAGAGGACCACUCAGUUAUAUUUGGAGGAGAUACUAACCUCAGGGAUUGGGAGGUUGUGAAGAAGCUCAAUGGGCUGCCGGACAGCAUCUCUGAUGUGUGGGAGAUGCUAGGGAAACCAGAGGAAAGCAGAUACACCUGGGACACAUCCAUCAAUGAUAACAAUGAAAUCCCUAAUUCUAUACGCCUGCGAUUUGAUCGAAUUUUCCUCAGACCAGCCGCAGAAGGUGCCCAGCUACGGCCAGAAAGCAUGACCCUGAUUGGUCUGGAGAAGCUGAAGUGUGACUAUUUCAUCAGCGAUCACUGGGGCAUUCUUUGUACUUUCACAUUUGAGGCAUCAGAAGAGUAGUGUGUUACUGACUGAUAUUCUUUUUUAUGGCCUCCGCAUGAUUAUAGAACUAAAUGGGUCAUACGCUUGUUAAACAAAUCAUUAUUUAUUAAACUUGACAAUCAUAAACUUCUGGUAGAUUAACUUAUACACCAACUAUACAUAUAAAGGGGACCAAGGCUAGUCACACUUUUUACUCCAGUGAUUCAGUGAAUAUUUCUCAGUUUCCUAUGUAACCACAUGCCGUACAUCUUGGCUACAAAAAAAAAAAAGCCUCCACAAAAAAUUCCAGUUAUUGCACAGUAAAAAAAUAUAAUAUAGUUCAUUGAACUCACUGACCAUUUGUGACAAGCAACAUAUCACUGGAACCUGCCAAUAAACAGCCUAUUAUUGGGUUUUAAACACAUUUUAAACCAUAAAACAGUGAUGAAACAAAAUCAAACCAUUGUUUUGGACAACAAAUAUUU